CCACCCACCAUUACCGCAGACAUGGACGACUAUCAUGCACAACGGAAGCAACUUAUUGCAGACGACAGGGCUCUGCGGAUUGACCAUGCCGCACAGAAGGAAAUUUCCGAGGAGGAGCGCAGAGCCGACAAGAUGCUCAGGCACAUUCGUUCCUCGGAGGCGGUAUCGGUAUGGUCUGCCACCCAGCCAUUGAAACAUCUACACGGAUCGCAACAGCUAUUCCCUGGUAUGGCAUUUUUGACAGCCAGAGAGACCAUCGUCGGCACCAAGCUUUUUGACAUCCUCAGCAAGAUGCCGAAAGGCGGCCUUCUUCACGCUCAUCACGCUGCGAUGGUGCGGGUGGAUGUGCUUCUUAAGCUCGCGCUGUCGCAACCCGCCAUCCAUAUCCGAGUUCCCGCCGUCCUUUGUUCCGCCACCAUCGGAACAGCGCUGCCAGAAUUCCGUGGUCUUUCCCGUGCUGAGUGGACGACGCAUCCUAGCAUCACGGAUCAGCGAUAUGCGCCCGAUACGUGGGUGCCCAUACAGAACGCACGAAGCAAUUUCAGCCAUGCUCUCGGCGGUCCUGAAGGUUUUGACCGCUGGUUCACCAAUAUCAUGACAAUCAACCCGUCUGAGGCAUAUGGCACACACAACACCACGGGUGAAAUUUGGAAGAAGUUCCAAAGCACAUUCAUAGCUGCCCAGGGUUUGAUAUUCUUUGAACCCAUAUCGACCGAAUACAUACGUGAAUUCUUUUACUCGUCGAUCGAGGACGGCAUCUCUUAUGUGGAAGUCAGGAUGGCGUUCCAUCAGAAGUACAUGACUGGUGCCGAUGGCGAGCGCAACGUUCCCCAUCGUGUGUGGCUUCAGCUGUACGACCACAUACUCAAGGAAGUGAAGGCGGACAUGAAACAGCAGGGGCGCGAGGAUGAAUUCGUCGGGUCCAAGAUCAUAUACUCCAUCCUACGGAUCAUCACACCCGAGGAAAUCGAAUGGUAUCUGGAGGACUGCAUCGCGAUGAAGCAAGAGUUCCCGCACCUCAUCUCGGGCUUCGAUCUCAUCGGGCACGAGGACACGCUCCUGCCACUCAUCUACUAUGCCGAGUCGCUCUUGCGCUUCGUGGAGCGUCAGAAAGAGUUAGGCAUCGAGAUCCCCUUCAUGUUCCAUGCUGGCGAGACGCUCGGAGACGGCACCGUGGCGGACAUGAACCUUUACGACGCUAUACUCCUGGGUACAAAGCGGAUCGGACAUGGGUUCUCGCUGAUCAAGCACCCCAAGCUCAUGCAGAUAUGUCGAGAAAGAGACAUUUGCGUCGAAGUGUGUCCUAUAUCGAACGAAAUCUUGCGCCUAACCGGCUCUAUGCCGAUGCAUCCCCUCCCUGCGGUCAUGAACCAAGGCGUGCACGUCGCUCUCUGCUCGGACGACCCGGCCGUCUUCGGGAAUAUGGGUCUCACCUUCGACUUCUACCAGGUCUUCGUGGCGAGCGAGGUCAACAACCUCACAACUCUUCACGAACUCGUGUGGGACAGCAUCAGAUACUCUGCUCUCAGCCACGAGGAAAAGGAGUGUGCGUUUGAGAAGCUAGAGAGACGGUGGAACAUUUUCGUUCGCUAUAUCUUGGAUACCUACGGCGGCGCAGCGUAACGAGAACUGAACCUGCAGGUAUUGUUGAACCGCCCGAAGGAUGCAUUGGACGCGUACUCCAUCCACCCAGCCUUGAAUUUGUACCCUUUAUAUGAAAAUUUCAAAUCAAAUAUGUGU